AUGCGCAAGAGUACGGUACAUCUGGAACAGUGCGAUCAGUGCAAGGCGGAGCAAGGAGACAUCCAGCUGUCCCCCGACUACAGCUUUGAGAACUUCACAGCAGAUCACAAGUCGUUGCCUUCCAUUGCACUAUCUACGAGGACUGGCCUAGAAGAACCACAUCCUGCUCGGUCCAAUGCAUCUGCUCAACCGACUCUUCAAGGCAUCGAAACUGCCAUCCAUACCGUGACAUAUAGAGCAACUUUGGCUUUGUCAGGCAUGACAUGUAGUUCAUGUGUCAGCAGCAUCACCCAUACUGUUCAACAGCUGCCCUCGGUUCGCACGGUCAACAUCAACCUUCUUACGGGCAGUGGAGUCAUUGCAUUCGAGGGCAAUGAUCACAUACAAGAGAUUAUCGAAGCGAUUGAAGACUGCGGGUUUGAAGCCAGUGUCGAUAGACUUGAGGUCCUCCCAGCUGCUACAUCAGGGUUGAACGCAGUAGCUAGAGGCUCCCCCGUCCGCAACGUGUCGAUUCACAUCGACGGAAUGUUUUGCGGUCACUGUCCCAGCAACAUCAGGCGGAGAAUCAAGGAUAAAUUCGGCGAUUUCGUCGUCAUCAACGAGCCGCCAUUGACGUUGACCUCACCGACCCUACACAUCGAGUAUCUCCCAGCUCCACCGAACUUUACCAUCAGGCUAAUCUUCGACACUAUCACAAGCAAUAAUCUGUCCCUCAAGUUGUCGGUAUACCACCCGCCAACGAUCGAAGAACGGGCCGGCGCGAUGCAUGCAGCAGAGCGGAGGCGGACCAUGCGCCAUUUGAUCGUCUGCAUUAUUGUAGCCCUCCCGACUUUCAUACUUGGAAUCGCAUUCAUGAGCUUGGUACCUGCCAACAACCAGACUCGCAAGUAUAUCAUGGAGCCUUUAACGGGCAAUGCUACCCGGCUUAGCUGGGCGUUAUUCAUAUUGGCCAUUCCCGUCUACGUGUAUUCGGCGAAGUCUUUUCACAUACGGACUUACAAGGAACUGAGAUCAAUGUGGCGACCGAGAAGUCAUACGCCGCUGCUACAACGAUUCACACGUUUUGGCAGCAUGAACAUGCUCAUAUCGCUGGGCACCUCGAUUGCACUAUUUGCCUCGAUUGCAGAACUGGUUUUGGCGGCAACGAAGAAGUCCUCCGGGUCAAUGGACAAUUCUUACUUCGACGCAGUCGUUUUUCUGACCAUGUUCCUUCUUGUUGGUCGCUACCUGGAGGCCCUCAGUAAGGCGAAGACUGGGGACGCAGUUACCUCACUAGGGAAAUUGCGGCCCCAUCAGGCAGUGCUGGUCGAUGAAACUACUGGCGACAUCAAGGUACCGACAGAUCUGCUUGAGGUCAAUGAUAUAGUCCGUGUUCACCACGGUACUUCGCCGCCAUUCGAUGGAAUCCUCGUAGAGGGCAGCUCCAAUUUCGACGAGUCAAGUCUCACGGGCGAGUCCCGCCUCGUCAAGAAGAACAUCGGCGAUAGCAUUUACUCAGGCACUGUCAAUAAAGCAAUGCCUGUCAAAAUGAAGAUCACUACGAUUUCGGGCUCUUCGAUGCUCGAUCAGAUCAUCAAUGCGGUUCGAGAAGGACAGACCCGCCGAGCACACAUCGAGCGGGUUGCAGACACUAUUACCGCACAUUUCGUGCCCUUUGUCGUUCUUGUUGCUGUGAUGACCUGGCUUAUCUGGCUCAUUCUCGGAACGACAGGCACCAUACCAAAGGAUUGGAGAGACGAAGAGACCGGUGGCUGGCCCUUGUGGUCUUUACGAUUUGCUAUCGCAGUCUUUGUGAUUGCAUGUCCUUGUGGGAUCGGUCUUGCAGCACCGACUGCUCUGUUCGUUGGUGGUGGUCUGGCAGCAAAGCAUGGUAUUCUGGUAAGAGGUGGCGGCGAAGCUUUUCAGGAAGCUAGCUCGCUCGACUGCAUUGUAUUUGACAAGACAGGCACUUUAACGCAGGGCGGUAGUCCUGCAGUAACGGACCACAGAUUCAUCAAUGACCAGGAUCGGGCACUUGCUAUGGAAGUUGUCAAGAAGCUGGAGGAGAACAGCGGUCAUCCCAUUGCUCAGGCGUUGGUAAAGUUCUGCAACAGAAGUCAGGACGUAUCCAAAGCGAGUACUGUGGUCACGGUAGACGAGAUCCCUGGCAAGGGACUUAAGGCGACUUUGAACAUUAAUGGACAAAGUGUGACCGCCAUCGUCGGAAACGAGACCCACCUGGCCGACCACAAUGUUUCUAUUUCUUCGGAUUCGAUGCAUGUCCUAGAGUCUUGGAAAGCUCGCGGAGAAUCUGUAGCAUUGGUGGCCUGGCUUUCAGCUUCGACACAGAACACAUGGCGACUCGCUGGCAUGUUCUCCAUCGCCGAUCCACUUCGACCAGAAGCGAUCGGCGUUGUGCAAGCGCUCAAGAAGAGAGGAAUAAACGUCUGGAUGCUGUCGGGCGACAACCCUACCACAGCAAAUGCUGUUGGCGUUCAAGUCGGUAUUCCUGCCACUAACAUCAUCGCUGGUGUACUUCCAGAUGAGAAGGCUCGGAAGAUCGAAUACCUUCAGCAGACGCUCACGAAGUCACGAAGAUCGGCAUUGUUUCAACUACCAGCUUUUCUGAGUAAGAACAGGGCCACCAAGCGCGCCACCAUCGCCAUGGUCGGAGACGGCAUCAACGACGCUCCAGCACUCAGCACUGCAGAUCUGAGCAUCGCCAUCGGCAGUGGAUCGGACAUUGCCCUCUCCUCAUCUUCGUUCAUUCUCAUCAACAGCCAGCUCACCACGAUACUCACUCUCCUCGACCUUUCGCGUGUAGUAUUUCGAAGGGUCUACUUCAACUUCGGCUGGGCUACAGUGUACAACCUCGUUGCUAUGCCGAUUGCGGCUGGUGUCUUGUUUCCCAUCACGAUUGGUGGUAAGGUCGAUGAUCACAGGAUGCACAACGGCGAGAAGCAUGUCAGACUCGACCCGGUCUGGGCGUCGCUGGCUAUGGCGCUCAGUAGUCUCAGUGUUGUUUGUAGCAGUCUUGCGCUAAGGAGCCGGCUUCCUUGGGUCGGGUUCCAGGCGAACAAAGAUGAGAUGGAAGAAGUGGAAGUGGCUGAGGAGCGUGCGGCCGAAACGGUAUGA